AGACGAUGCUUAAGAUACAAGGAAAACCAUUUCCCGGAACAUCUUAAUUGUCAUUGAAGCUUGAGCUAACGACAGCCAAGGGGCAAACAUGUUCAACUCCGCCAGUGAACUGGAGUUUUCGGACGAAAACAAUGUCGAGGAGAUCUCCCAAUUCGUUUCCCUGGAGGUGUCAGGUGGCACAGUAUCCACCCAAAGAAGUUCGAUCAUUGUACCCGAAAAAACGGGCUACCCGGACUCCGUGUACGUUUUGGCGGCGAACAUUUUUCAGGGUAUUCGAGUGGAAAAGUCUUCAGAUAAAAUCUUAAUAAAGUACGGGAAUGAACCCCUGCCGUCCUUGCCCGAGUUUGAGGAUGAAUCCGUACAGCGUUUGUCCUAUGAGCUGGCUUUCAGUACCCUGAAGUAUCAAGAUAUUUUGGAAACUAUGUUAAUCGACAGCUAUAUCUUCCCAAGUACCACAAUACCAGAUCAUUUGAGCAGUCUUAUUAUUGUGAUGCUGUAUGAUUUUCAAGAUAGAAAAUUUCAAAAUCGUGUUCUUUCUGAUAAUGAAGAGUCCAUAUUGGAAGUUCAAGAAGUAGAGAACCUUCUUAACAGUUUUAAGACAAAAUUGGCUGCAGCAUUGGCAAGAUGUCGAAUCAAACAUGAUGCUCUUUCAAUUUAUCAUAUUCUGCCAGAAAUAGUUAGGAAACAGGAACUAAGGGCCUCUACUCUGCCACUUUAUGCUUGGAUAAAUACUUGUAAAAUCAGUCCUGAAGAAGUUUUUAUUAAUUUGAAGAAAAGAGGCUAUAAUGAAGUCAAAUCUGUAUGUCAUAUUGAUGAUAAAGUCUUUGCUGUGGACCAACAUUGCUAUGAUGUCUUAAUAUUUCCAUCUCAUCUAAAAAAAGAUCUUAUAAAUAUAGAUCUUUUCAAAGAUUAUAAACUUAUUUUUCAGGAUAAAUCUCGAAGUCUUGCUGUUCAUUCUGUAAAGUCUUUAAUAAAUUUGGAUGAUGACGUCUUAAUGGUCAACACAGGUUCAUGGUACACAGUUGCCCAUAUGUCAGUCCUAACAAAUGAUAAUAAUUCAAAAAUAUUUGUUUGUGGAGUAAACUCACAAGAGAAGGAUCCUGACUUAAACAACCUUUUCAAAAAAAUGGGAUGUAAAAAUAUUGAAAUACUUCCUGAGACAUUUACUGACAUUGAAUCAAAGGAUCAGAGGUUACAGAAAGUUAAAGUGAUUCUGCUGUUGCCUCGUUGUUCAGAUCUGGGUGUUAGUAAUCCAAUAGAAUUUAUUUUAAAUGAACACGAAGAUACAGAUUUACUUAAAGAUCUCUCUCAAGGAGGUACUUCAGAAGAUAAACUUCAGGUUCUUGCUCAACAUCAAUAUGAACAGCUAGCACAUGCGAUGAAAUUUGUUAAAGCUCAAGCAGUGGUUUAUUGCACAUGCUCAGUUUAUCCAGAAGAAAAUGAAGCUGUUGUGAAGAAAGCAUUGGAAUUUCAAAACCAAGGGACUAAAAUACAACCUUACAGGCUCAGUCCUCCUGUUCUUCCUUUAUGCUCCUUAAAAGAAAUACACUUGGCUAAGGAUAAGUUUUUCAGAAUGGAACAAUCUGAAACUACCAAUGGUUGUUUUCUUUCUAUUUUAACAAGAGAGCGGGACCCAUCUGAGACAGUGUCUGUGAAAGAUGUUUUGGCCCGAGCUGCAGCAAAAGGGCUACUGGACGGGAUUGAGUUGGGGAAAUCAUCAAAACGAGAGAAGAGGAGGAAAAAAUCAAAAACAUCAUUGGCCAAACCAUCUGCCAAUGAUAAUAAUGGCAUCCAAAUGAAAAUUGCCGAGUUCCUGAAUCGAGAAACCAAAACAAGUACUAACAGAUCAGAGGCAUUAAUAACAAAAGCACUUAAUCCACAGAAAAAUGCAUCUCAAGUAGGUGCCACCACACAGACCAGGAAACCUAGCAAGCCUACCAUCAAUCCUUUGACACCCACGUUAACAAAGAACACCUGUCACUGCAAGCCAGGUGAACGGCACACCAACUUCACACGACCUCGACCAGAAGACAAAAUGAUUGCUUUGAAACCCAUUGAGAUCAUUUUGCCUCCAGUAAUGUUGCCAUUUCAGAGUCCUCAAGGGAUCAGAUCUCAGGUCCCAAAUCAGCAUUUUUACUAUCGCUGGGUUAGGCCCAAGACUGGUGUGCCUGGCUACCUUCCCACACCAUCAGCGUCCAGAAGAGGGGAGAAACCUAAAGAAAACUUACCUUCCUCCCUAGUUAGGCGUCCUCGACCAUGGCUUUGA